AGAAUGGACUUUGGGGUAGUGGGGUUGGAUAGUUUUGUGGAUUCUAGCGAUGCCCCUUCUCCUUACCCUGAAACUAAGCUCAAAUCUCUUGGAUCUGCUUUCUCUAAGCAGGAUAGAUCUGGGUUUGUUGAUGAUGAUGACUGGAGCAACUCCAAGAUUCCCAAAACUGAUACCACUCUCUCCGCUUCUAAGACAAUGCCGCUUCAUCAAGGCUUCCCUUUGCUGAGAUCUAAUGCUUUGCUCUCUACUGAUGGCCGCCAAAAGGAACACAUGCUUAGCUUCUCUUCACUCAAAUCUGACACUUCCUUGCAGACUAAAGACUCUGAGCUGAUUGCAAGGAGUCUCCAAACCUCCAUUUACCCUUACCAUCAACACAAAUCUUCACCCUACUCUAGAAAUACAGGAUGUGUUUCUGGAAGCUAUAGUGGUAGCAUGCAUGGGGCUGUAGCUGGGAUUAGAGCACCAUUUACACAAUCUCAAUGGAUUGAGCUUGAACAUCAGGCAUUGAUCUACAAAUACCUCUCUUCAAAUGUGCCUGUUCCUUCUAAUUUGCUCAUUCCCCUCAAGAAAUCUCUAUAUCCCUAUGGCUUGACCUGCUCUUCUGCCGGAUCCUUGCCUCCAAACACAAGGUGGGGUUCUUUUCAUUUGGGUUUCUCUGGCAACACUGAUCCUGAACCGGGAAGAUGUCGUCGAACCGAUGGAAAGAAAUGGCGGUGCUCUAGAGAUGCCGUUGCUGAUCAGAAGUAUUGUGAAAGGCAUAUAAACAGGGGCCGCCAUCGUUCAAGAAAGCCUGUGGAAGGCCAGACUGGCCAUUCCGUCCCUGGGACCACGAAUCCAACAGCCAUGGUGGCAACGAUGACUACAUCGUUGUCAUCAACGGUGAUGCCCAGCGGCGGUGCAUCCAACAAUAACCUCCCUAUCAUUCAACACCAACACCAGCUCAAGAGUUUGCACCCCGGUGCUGCUUCCAAUCCUGGUGUUGACGCCCCCGUCAAUAGGUUGCUAAACAAAGAAACUGUGUGUAGCAGAAUCCAGGAGCCUGGGGGCCUCUCAAUGAUCUCUUCCACCGUCAACCUCAUGUCAUCUAGUGAUAAAUCUGGUGCAAAACAUGAGAUUUCAUUAGGAGAAUCCACACAAUCUGAAUUUGGACUUGUUUCCACUGAUUCCCUUCUAAAUCCUUCACAAAGGGGCUCGUAUGCCAAUCCCAAGAACUUCGACUCGUUCCUAAUCUUCAACGACCAGGAAACUCAAGACCAAGACCAACAUCCACUUAGACAAUUCUGUGAAGACUGGCCCAAGGAUCAGUCGAGUCGUUCGGUCAUGACCUGGCCGGAAGAAUUUAAGUCGGAUUGGACACAGCUGUCCAUGUCGAUACCAAUGUCUAAUUUCUCGUCAUCGUCAUCGUCACCAACCCAGGAGAAGCUAGUUCAAUCCCCACUCAGGUUGUCAAAGGAGGAGGUUGAGCCAAUGGAGAUGAAUUUAGGGGUAAGCAGGAAUGAUGGUGAGGUAGCUCAAAAGCAAAUGUCUUGGGGAGGUUCAAUGGGGGGUCCUUUAGGAGAGGCAUUGACCAACGCCAACAGCUGUGUGAAGGGAAGUAAAGUGCCACCAUCACUGAACCUGUUGGCUGAAGGAUGGGAUGGUGGUCAGCUCGGAUCAUCGCCUACCGGUGUGUUGCAAAAGGCGACGUUCUGUUCCCUGUCGAACAGCAGUUGAGAGAAAAAGACAGAUUGGUAAAGAAGGAAUGCAAAAAAUGGUGAACAGGAAAAGAUUGAGAAAAAUGGGAGUAAGUAUGGAUUGAAGUCGGGACCUUUUUCUUUUUAAUUUUGUUCCAUUUGCUUUGCCGCCAGCUCACUCUAAUAUAUAUAUAUUUUUUUUUACCUCUUUUUUCCAACUGAUUUCUUUGUUUGUUUGAUUUUCAAAAGUAUAUUGACUUGUGCUUAAUUAUAACUCCAAUAGGGAAUUCACUGUUGUUUUCUUCCC